GAAAACGCGACAUCGUCAUUUCAAAAUGGCGCCAAAGAUUAACCUCAGCCAGUGGCUCGCUGGUUAGAGCCGCCGCCUCACUGUGUCCUGCCGCGGGCUAGCAACACUACAUCAUCAUUAACCAUAUCCAUCAACACCUUCCACGCGCGCGCGUGUGUUGUUCAUGCUGAUUUCAGUGUUUCUAUGAUGGAGCUCAGCAGACAGACGACCAUGAAGAGAAGCAGGAACCCCAGCAGCAGUGAUGAAUCCGACAGUGAAAGUAAUUCCACCUGCUGGUCACAACAUUCAUCACAGCCGAGGAGAGGCACCGGACAGAAGCCCUCUGAGGUUUUCAGGACAGACCUGAUCACCGCCAUGAAGGUGCACGACUCGCACCAGCUCAACCCGGAGGACUAUUACGUCCUCGCUGACCAGUGGAGGCAGGAGUGGGAGAAAGGGGUCCAGGUCCCCGUCAGCCCCCAGUCCAUCCCACAGCCUGUCGCCAGAGAGUUGGUAGAGAAAGGGAAGGAGGUCAUGUUUAUCCGGCCCAAGAAGUUGAUCCGGACGUCGGGCACCGAGGCGCUGGGCUACGUCGACAUUCGGACACUAGCAGAAGGAAUGUGCCGCUACGACCUGGACGAGGAAGACGUGGCCUGGCUGCACGUCGCCAACGAGGAGUUCGCUGUGAUGGCUAUGCCGCCGGUGGACGAGAUCACCAUGGAGCGGGCGGUGGAGGAGUUCGAGCACCGGUGCUACGAGAACAUGACGCACGCCAUGGAGACGGAGGAGGGUCUGGGCAUCGAGUACGACGAGGACGUGGUGUGCGACGUCUGCCAGUCGCCUGACGGGGAGGACAACAACGAGAUGGUGUUCUGCGACAAGUGCAACAUCUGCGUCCACCAGGCGUGUUACGGCAUCCAGAAAGUCCCGAAGGGCAGCUGGCUGUGCCGAAUUUGCGCCCUGGGCAUCCUGCCCAAAUGUCAGCUGUGCCCCAAGAAGGGAGGAGCCAUGAAGCCGACCCGAAGUGGAACCAAGUGGGUCCACGUCAGCUGUGCCUUGUGGAUUCCAGAGGUGAGCAUCGGGAAUCCAGAGAAGAUGGAGCCGAUCACCAACGUGUCGCACAUCCCCAGCAACAGAUGGGCUCUGAUCUGCUGCAUUUGCAAAGAGAAGACGGGAGCGUGUAUACAGUGCUCAGCGAAAAACUGCCGGACUGCCUUCCACGUGACGUGCGGCCUUCACGCCAGCCUCGAGAUGAACACCAUCCUCACCAGCGACGACGAGGUCAAGUUCAAGUCCUACUGCCCCAAACACUCGGGACUGGAAGGCGACGAGUCCAGAGACGGAGACUCGGGAGGCGAGGAGGAGAAGGAAGGCGCCAGAGACAAGAAGGGCAGGAGGAAAGGCAGGGUGAGAGGAGAGGACGACGCCACCUUCUUCUCCUCCUCGUCCUCGUCCUCCUUUGUCGCGCCUCAGCUCGUCGACAGAGCGCCGAGUGUCUCGGCGGAGAUCAGCAGCCGCCAGCAGGAGAAGAGGGUCAACCUGCGCAAGCUGAAGCUGCAGGAGAUGGAGGAGGAGUUCUACCAGUUUGUGGAGGUGGAGGAGGUGGCCGCUCACCUGAAGCUGUCGCCGGAGACGGUGGACUUCCUCUACCAGUACUGGAAGCUGAAGCGCAAAGCCAACUUCAACCAGGCGCUCCUCACGCCCAAGAAGGACGAGGAGGAGAGUCUGGCCCGACGCGAGCAGGAGGUCCUGCUGCGACGCCUGCAGCUCUUCACACACCUGCGGCAGGACCUGGAGAGGGUUCGUAACUUGACCUACAUGGUGACUCGGAGGGAGAAGAUGAAGCGAUCGCUGUGGAGAGUCCAGGAGCAGAUCUUCCAGCACCAGGUCAGACUGCUGGACCACGAGCUGCUCACAGGCGAUCCCUCGGCGCAGGACUUGCAGGAUCUCUUCUCUCUGGACAGUUUAUCGUCUCAGGACUCGGAGUCUCGCUCCUCCUGGAGCCACGCCGGACUGAAAAGCAAACGAGGCUCUUCCAAGCAGGACAAAAGGAAAAGCAGUGACAGGAAAAGCCUGCGCGACUCGCGACACAAGAAGGAAAACCUGAGCAAACUGCCGGACGCCAAGGAGAGCAAGAGCUCCCGGGUCAGAGAGGCCGCGGGCGACGCCACAAUCCCAGACUCUGACACCAGUCAGGAGAUGGACUUCCUGUCGCCUCACAAGUCGGAGGAUCGGGAGACGUUCACUGUCAAACUGCACAAACCUGAGAGCAGGAGGGUUGUGAGGCGGGACAACAACGAGGAGCGGAGGAGGAAGAGGAGGAGCGGCAGCGAGGCGACGCACAGCUUCUCCAGCCACGUCAAGAACAAGCUCGGGUCGAAACAUGUGGACAAGUCCAUGUCCAUCAGGCUGGUGGACAUCAGAGGCUCCGACACGGACGACUACUACGGAGAAGAAGAGGCGACGAGUAGAAGCCCCGCCUCCCUGGACGCGACCGCCAACACUAAAUUCGGCGACGCCUGCGAGACGCCGCACGCCGCCGCGAGAGCCACCAUGUUGCCGAGGAAACCGCACGCCGGCGUCUCCCACCAUCUCAAGGGCUGGGGCAAGUUCAGGAUCCCCAGGCGGAGCGAGAAGGAGGAGGCGGAGCAACGCAAGCCACUGCUGCGGCCGCUCACCAACACGCCGGAGCCGACGCACCCGAGGACGCGACUGCACGCCGGGACGGAGAACGACGGCUACGCGUCCGACUCCAAGCCCGGCGACGGCGACCCCUGCCUGAAAAGAUGCCACUCCCACCAGCUGAGAGGCGACACCUCCCUGAGCCGCCGCUACGGCUCCGACAUCAUCCGUCGCGGCGUGCUCGCCUCCUGAUGGCGGCGGAGAGGAACACUGAGAGAAUAAGCUGCACUAUGUCGGUGGAGAAAAAGAACGAUGGUCGCUCUUUGUACCUUUAUUUUUCUGGAUGAAUUGUUUAAAAGAAGAAGAAAAAACAGAGCUGAUAUUUAUUUUUUAUUUGUAAA